AUGUCUGGACGCCAGGUGAGUCGAUCCAACACUUACAGCCGCGUGAGCCAUCCCAACAACACUUCCAUUCCUCCCAGAACUCCAGGCUGGACCCAGUGCUCCAAUACGAACAACGGCAAGGACCUGGGGACCCGUUUCCCAAGCGGCUCUGAGUUCAGCAACGCCAGCAGCUACUCCUCUGAGCAACCCUUCAACCCAGUCCCCGCAAAUCUCCCUGUGGGGAGAAUCUGCAUGGGCCGGCCCUACGACUCCAGGUUUGUAGAGACAAGUCACCUGGUGAAAGACCCCAAGGUGGUCAAAAAGCCCACUUAUCAACGUAGCAACCCUCAAUGCCUGCUCUGCACAGACCGUCCAUCACGCCCCCCCAGCCCUACCUUCCUGGACCAGCUCAUCAAAGGCAUCAACUACCUGGACAGAUCCACCAAUGUUUUCAGCAACAACUACCCCAAAGCUCUGAGCUUGCCUCAGUUGGCUGCCACCUACCUGGAACGAGCUGCCAACUCACUCUACCUGGACCCGAUGGACCAUGUCCCAUCCCGCAGCUAUUCGAGUCCUAACACUAACACGGUCACCACCUCCAAUCAGUCUCCAACCAACACCUGCUUGGUCCCUUCCAUUCGGGACACCAACACUCUGCAGCGCACUAGUGGCUCCACUAGCUUGAGCUGCCAACACCAGCCUUACAACCAGAGCUUCUCUGCCGAGGCGCCUCAGAGGCCAGGCAUAAAACUGCCUGAGAUCCCUCUGUUUGGCAAUGGGCUCUUUUCCUUAGGUCGUCUGCCCAAGUUCUGGGAAGCAAUCCGCUCUGGAUUGAAUGCCCCUGAAUCCACCUCUAAGCCCUCGGGCUGGUGGUGA